CGCGGCGAAGUGGAAAAACUGGACUUUACGCGAGGCGGGAAAAAAGUUUUGGAGGUGAAAGUUUCUCAGCUGAGCAGGAUGGUCCUCGGUACCGGAGACUGGAGCGAUCUGUGUGUGUCCGCGGCUGUGCUGGUGUCCGCGGUGCUGCUGAGCGAGGUGAUCCGCCGCGCGGCAGCGCGCCUGCCGCGCGGCGCGCACCAGACGUACCUGCUGGAAGCCGCGUCCACCUUCCAGCUCUGCUGUUGCUCGCACGAGCUCAAAUUACUGGGGGACCACGGUGGACUGGACCCGCUGCUCGGCCCGGUUCUGACUUACAGCAUCUCGGUGACUCACCUGCUGACGUUCGCCGGGGCGUCCUGUAACCCGUGCGCCGCCCUGGAGAGCGUUUUCCGCGGGAGCGGCAGCCUCGCGGCGGCCGGCGGAGCCAUCGCGUGCCAGUUCGGAGCCGCCGUGGGCGCGCAGCUCUUCGCCACGUGCGUGUGGUCUCUGGGUCUGUCGGACCUGCACCGCGGGCACCGGAGGUUCGGGUUCUGGUGUUUCGACCCGCUGGGCGGAACUCUGCUGGAGGCUACAGCCGCGGAGCUCGCGUGCGCGUUCACCUUUCAAGCGGCGUUGAUGCACGUGCACAGUCUGAACCCCAAAGUCCGGGUUCACGCGCUCGCGGUUCUCAUCACGAUCCUGGUUUACUCAGGUGGAGGGAUUUCAGGAGCCAUCUUUAAUCCUGUUCUGGCAUUCUCUGUCCAGUUCCCCUGCAGUGGCCACACCUACCUCGAGUACUGCUUCGUCUACUGGCUGGGACCAGUUUUAGGUGUGACAAGCUGCAUCCUGCUGUUCGAGAAGAUCAUCCCCUUCCUGUCUGGAAAAAGUACCGUCAGACCAGAUGUCCCCCUGGUCCAGAAACAGAAGGUCCAGUAGCGGAGAUGCGGAGGCGGUCUGAGCUGCUGACUUUUUAAGUGGCGUUAUUUUUACGUCGCAACGUGAAUUUCUCAGUGAAACGACGUAAGAACCACAGACAGGUUUCGAGCCUAAAUGGAGAAGAAGCUGCUUUGAUAACGAGGACCAUAAAAUUAUUUCUCAGUGUUCAAAAGCCAGAGUUGACAUCAGAACAGAACCUCUUACUGUGAACGUAAUAAUCACUUUAUGCAUUAACAGUUAAUAAAACAUGAAGACUCAAAUGUCAGUUAUUUGUCUCUAAAACUCCUUUUUUUUUUUAUAGAUGCGUUAAUGAUUACCGUCGACUUUAAUCCACGAAAGCUUUAAUGAGAAAGUUACUGUGAAGUUUAACAGCUUCAUGAGUUCCUUCAAGUCUGACAGUUCGAGAUCCAGAUUGGACCUGAAUAUGCUAAAGGACCUGAGAUCAGGUCUCCAUCCAUCCACAAACCCGCCAGUGAACAGGUGACAUAAGUACUGGUACCGCCACCAACACCAUGUGACCUAAUUACAGGAAGUAACCACAAAAAGAUGAACAUCAUCAUCAACAUUCAUGUGACAACACAUGAAUCCAACAUGGCAGCCAAUCCCACUUUUCUGUUUGUGAGGUCUGAAUGUGAAAUCUGAAAUCUAAGGUUUUAUGCUUUUAAGCCAUUUUAUCUCUCUCUUUUUUUUUUUUUUUUAAAGAAAUUCAAGUUUACAUAAAUUUGGGACAUUUACUUGCAAAUUUGAGGGACAUUUUGCUCUGGAUUUGUUUGAGGCCUUGCCCAGCUCUUUGAAUGGAUGAGGCCUGGAAUCAACCUGCAUUGCAUGGCCUAGCGCUAGCAGCUUACCUCCACCUGUUCUGCAGCAGCUAGCUAGCUGUCUUGCAACAGCUAGCCUUCACCUUUUCUGCUACAGCUAACAGCUAGCCUCUGCUUGUCCUGCAACAGCUAGUAGUUGGCAUCCACCUGCUCUGCAAUAGCUAGCUGCUACCCUUCUCUUGCUCUGUAGCAGCUAGCCUCCACCUGUCCUGCUACAGCUAAUAGCUAGCCUCCACCUGUCCUGAAACAGCUAGCAGCUAGCCUCCACCUUUCCUGCUACAGCUAACAGCUGGCCUCCACCUGUCUUGCAGCAGCUAGCAUCUAGUUCUCAUCUGUUUUGCAGCAGCUAGCUUCCACCUGGCCUGUAGCAGCUGAUUUCUACCUGUCCUGCAACAGCUGGCCUCUACCUGUUCUGCAGCAGCGAGCAGGUAGUUUUAAUCUGUCCUGCAGCAGCAUGCCUCCACCUGCCUUUCUGCAGCUGGCCUUCACUUGUUCUGCAGCAGCUAACAGCUAUAUUUUACCUGCCCGGCAGCAGCUAGCAGCUAGCCUCCACCUGUUCUGCAACCAUAGCUUCUCAUCAUGACAAGUAUCGUGCUUGCCCUUCUAACUCUGACUCUUUUUUUCUUUGUUUACCAUCAGUGAAGUUGGAGUAGUUGGGAAUAGUUGGGAUUCCUUUGAACAUAAGGAUGACUGCAUUAUUCUAAAACAUUAUUUAUUACCCGAAAAAGGGACGGGUUGGGAUACCAUCCUUUUUAUGUUUUGUCCUGUCCAGAGCACAUAUUGUACUGUUGAUGGCACUUUGCCUCAAGUUGUUUUAUUUAGUGUGUAUGACUGGUUGCUAUCGCUUUAUUCUUAUCUUCCCAGUUCUAGUAGCCCCAAGGCAUACCCCAGACAUAGUUCCAUUAAAUUAACAUCUACACACCCAGGAAGGAAGAAAUGUUUUAUUUUGCUUUUGCUUUUACUGUCUGGUAAUAUUGAACUCAACCUUGGCCCUGGUAUCAACAGUCUGAGUACUCCAUCUGAUUUUAAAUCCAGAUCAGGAUUUGGUGUUGUGCACCUAAAUGUUAGAAAUCUUUUGCCAAAACUUGACUUAAGAUCUGGAUUAAAUCUACUAAUACUGACAUUUUUGUCCUAUCUGAAACUUGGUUAAAAAAAUCCAUUGCAGAUAAAGAAAUUGCUAUUAAAGGGUAUAAUGUUUAUCGUUGUGACCGUCCCAGAAUUGAGUGAUUCCAUAUUUUUUUCCCUCUGCUUGGUCUAAAAAAGUACCCGUUACUGACUGCCACAAUUAUUUUUCCUGAUUU